AUGGCUACACAGCCUAACCUGCCUGAAGAUCCCUCCACAAACUGGUAUGCUUACUAUAGGUUUAAUCCCCGUAGGGACAUGCCGGGGGAUGCUAGAAACACUUUGCUAGUAGUUGCUGCCCUGAUUGCUGCCGUGACAUUCCAAGCAGGACUCAACCCUCCAAGUAGCUUUUUGCCGGAGGGACCCGCCACCAAAGAGGGAGCGGAAACAUGCUCAGGGAGAGUCAUCUUACCUUCCAAGGAAAACACUGAGCACACAUUGUUUCUAUCCUGCAAUACCACUUCAGGGGAGCAGGGAGUGAAAGAAGGUUCAGUGAGUGUCGUCUUAGCUUCUACUCAAAAAGUCCAAUUCACAUUGUUUCUCUUCUGCAACACAUUAGCCCUUUCUGCGUCAAUCCAAACCAUUACUGCUCUCAUAAUUGGAUGCCCAUUUAGUUUUGAGGUGCUGACUGCUAUAUAUUCAAUGAUGGCCACUUAUGGUGUCUCAAUUGCUACGUUGGAACCACCAAGAGGUGUCCUCUUGGAGUGCCUCAUAAUUUCAUUCUUCUUGCCAUUCUUUUUAAGGUUGCUCCAUCGAUUUCUUAAGAAGGUGCAAGCAAAAUGA